AAUAAGCCACGGUUAAGAUAUGAAAGCUGGGAAUCGGCCAGUCUCCCACCUGCAGGGGCCCAGCAAGGUGUGUUUCCUCGGGCAAGAGCAGCGCGCCCACCGGCUGCUUGGAGCCUGGGACCCUCCCGACGUCUCCCGCGGUCUCUCUCUCCCCCUUGUGGCCGCAGCGUUUCGCGGCCCUUUCCUUUUUGCCGCCCGGCCUCGGAGGAAAGAGGGAGGGGGGAAAGCGCCAACAGCGAGGCGAGCCCCGCCUUCCCCCAAGUUUCCUGACUCCCCUCAAAGGAGCGAGAGUCUCCGAAAGCUACGCCGUCCCGCCGGGGCCUUCGGGGGCGCCAUGAAACCUGACGGGAAGGUGGUCCUGCUCGGGGAUAUGAACGUGGGCAAGACGUCCCUCUUGCACCGCUACAUGGAGCGGCGCUUCCACGACACCGUCAGUACCGUCGGCGGCGCUUUUUACCUCAAGCAAUGGGGCCCCCACAACCUCUCCGUCUGGGACACCGCAGGUCGUGAGCAGUUUCAUGGCUUGGGGUCUAUGUACUGCCGAGGAGCAGCAGCUGUUAUCCUCACAUAUGAUGUAACCAACUUGCAGAGCAUGGUGGAACUUGAGGACAGGUUCCUCGCAUUAACAGACACAGCCAGUACAGACUGCAUCUUUGCUAUUGUUGGGAACAAAGUUGACCUCACAGAUGCAUAUGCUUUCCCCCCUGAAACAAAAGACAAAUAUCAGUGUGAGACGCCCAUCAAUACUUCCAUUUCUCCCAAGAUGAAAAAACAAGUUCAUAUGGAUGAUGCCAUAGUACUUUAUAAGAAGAUUCUAAAAUACAGAAUGUUGGAUGAGAAGAAUGCUCCAGCAGCAGAAAAAAUGUGCUUUGAAACCAGUGCAAAAACAGGGUAUAAAGUAGACUACCUCUUUGAAACUGUUUUUGAUAUGUUGGUACCAGUAAUUUUGCAACAAAAAGCUGAAGGAUUGCCACAAACUGUAGACUUGAAUAAUUACAAGACAACUAAAAACACACAGUUUGUCUGCUGCAGAUAAUUUUUUUCCACACUAAUUUGAAGUAGGUGAAGGAUGCAAUGACAAAAACAUAAAGAUCAACAAGAAUAGAUUUUUUUAAACAGCUCUUCUGUGAAACUGGAGUUUAGUAAAAGAAUGGAAUAACAGGCAGCCUUAAGAGGAGGAGAGUAUGCAAUGGUAUAGAAGUUGAUUUUUAAGUAAAGCUUCCAUGUAUGACAGUGGUUUAAGAUUUCUAAAGCUCAUUGUGAUGUUUUUUAAUGGUUUAUGUGUGGGGAUAGGGAACAAGGGGACAUGGGAUAAAUGGGGUGCAAAUCAACAUAAACAAUUUAAAAUACUCUUUCUUACCUGUUACAUUUCAGAUACAUGACUUCCCUGUAUUGCUUAGUUAUGAUAUACAUUCUAUUUCUAAAUUAAUCCUAGGCUUUCUAUUAUCAAGUUUAUAUUAACUUGCAUUCUGUUUCUGAGCCAGUCAUAAAAUUUAUGCCAACAAUCGUCAUCAUUCCUCUUUCUUGUCGGAUCUAACCAUUCUGAUAAUUUAUCCAUUUCUGCUAUAUCCAGAAUUUUUGCUAUUAACUCAUUUUGAGAUGGAUUCUCUGGAUCUUUCCAAUGUGUUUAGCAAAGAGAAUCCUUGCAGCUAUCAAGAUAUGGAUGGCUAAAUAUUUUUUCAUUGGUUCUAUUGAUUCCGGAAUUAUGUUUAAAAAGAAGAAUUCAGGGGUUACAAUUAUCGGAAUCUCUAGAACCUGUUACAAAAAGCAUUUGAACCCUUUCCCAAUAUUUUUUGGCUUUCCUGCAUGAUGACCACAUAUGGUAAAAAGAACCGUCUUUUUGUUUACAUCUCCAACAAAAGUUUGAAAUUUUAACAUCCAUUCUGACUUGUUUUGUGGGAGUUAUCUUCCUGCUCUUUUUUGCAUGUGACUUCACUAUCUCUUCAGUAGUAGGAUGUGAUUUAUGUAUACCUUUAGGUAACAAGGGUUGCUAAAUUCUUUAAACGUCCAUUUUAAGGAAAAAGGCAAGUAUAUGGUAGCUGCUUUGUACACAUGUCUACAAAAUGAAAGUCUUAUGCUCACAGCAGUUCUGGCUUCAAGCCAGUCCUUUUUCUUCCCUAUCCUAAUGGGUAUAGGACUUCAUCCACUAGUGGCAAGGAAAUCAGAGUGUUAGGUUGUCAUGAAGGCACCAAACAUGAUCCCAGUUAGGAUAUGAUCGGUGGGAGUUCAAAAGUGGGUUUGUCUCUUUUAAUGAAAUAGACAUGAACAGUAGUAGGAUGGGAAUGGAUGCAAAUAAGGGGAAACGUUUUGUUGAAUAACCAAGGGAAUUGUAUGUCCUGAAGACUAUCAGCCAUUGAUACCAGUCCUUGAUACUAUGCAAUAAUGCUAUUGGGAAAAACAUAUGUUUUUUUUAAAUGUGCAUUAAAAAAAGAUACUCAACCUUU